AAUGAUGACCUGAAAAUAGGAAGCUGAAGCAGUAGCAGUGACUAAAACCUCUCUCUCUCUCUCUCUCUCUCUCGUUCGUCUGGUCUGGUCUUGUUCCUCUCUUGUCACCUUCCUCUCUCCGUCUCUGUCUCCCUGAAGCUCCCACUGCACCCCACAUUCGAUCCUCUCCCUCUCUCUCAUCUUUUGACGCAACAGGGAAGCAUUGAAUGCGCGCGUCCCGCUCACAAUUCGCCAUCCGCCUCUCCUCAUCUUCUUCUCUCUCUUAGGUCCCCCCCCCACCCUUUCCAUUCCCUCUCCGUCCGCCUGCUCAACGGAAUGUGGGCAUAACUAACUCUACAAGUACAUGCUGCAGCGGCAAUUCUUCCUGGUUUUCUGAGCUCGGGACGGUUGAUCGCUCAUUUCAAUGGUCGUCGGUGGGCGGUUUCCCCUAACUGGGUGAUCUGUUUUCGGCAAAUCGGCGGCGCGCAUCCCGGAGGCCAAUCUUUCUCUCACGCUCGUUUAUCCUCCACUCUAGGUUUUCUGUUCUGUUCUGACAGCAGAGCCGAGCGGAUUUGGAUUUUGUUGCUUCUGUUGGAUUGGUUUCUCUGCUAGCCUAGGGGAGUGUAGGAGUUCGAUGCGAGCUUGGAGCAGAAAUGGAGGCGAGGAUGAAGAAGUAUCGGCAAGUGAGCCCUGAGAGAGCCAAGGUUUGGACGGAGAAGUCGCCGAGGUACUACCAAAACAGGAAAGUGCCCGUGGUUUAUUAUCUCUGCCGGAAUCGACAGCUCGAGCAUCCUCAUUUUAUCGAAGUUCCUCUGUCUUCGCCCGAAGGUCUCUGCUUGAGAGAUGUGAUUGAAAGGCUCAAUGUUCUCAGAGGCAGAGGAAUGGCUUCUAUUUACUCAUGGUCUUCAAAGAGGAACUACAAGAAUGGAUUCGUCUGGCACGAUCUCUGCGAGGAUGACCUGAUUCUCCCUUCUAAUGGAAAUGAAUAUGUCCUCAAAGGUUCUGAGCUCUUUGAUGAAUCAAAUUCAGAUCAUUUCAGUCCGGUAUCGAACAUCAAAAUACAGGCCUUGAAACAAUUGCCUGCACCAGCAUCUUCUAGAAGCCAAGAUGAUUCGUCUUCAUCUUCUAGCAUGAAUGGAAAGGAAGCUAAGCAUUCGCAAGAGGACGAACUGUCUUCUCCUCUCCAUCCCCACGGUUCCUCGGGUGUGUCGCCGGAUUCUGGAACUGGAAGGAAUUCUUCCUGGAAUGGUUCUUUGAGCUUGACCGAAUACAAAGUGUACAGGAAUGAUGGAUUAGCCGAUGCUUCUACGCAAACCGAAGAUAAUGUGAGCAGCAGUAAAACUCGAGAAACUUGUACUAGGGGAGUCUCGACAGAUGAUGGUUCAUUAGACAAUGAGUGUGGCGAGGCCAGUCAAAGUAAGGCCUCGGCAGUGAAGGAGAACUCAGAGGUUCAGAGUGAGUCUGUUUCACCGCAACCAACAUCCUCAAGUGCCUCGUCUUCUGGUGGAAAGAAUGAAACUCUGGAAUCAUUGAUCAGAGCUGAUGCUAGCAAGAUGAACAGUUUUAGAAUUCUUGAAGAGGAUGAUAUCAGAAUGCCAGCCAAUGCCAGGCUCAAAGCUACGAAUAUGCUGAUGCAAUUAAUCUCAUGUGGGUCAAUAUCAGUGAAAGACAACAAUUUUGGCCUGAUUCCAACAUAUCGUCCGAGGUUUUCCCCAUCUAAAUUUUCAUCUCCAAUGUAUUCUACUUCCAUGAUGGUUGGGGAGCUUGAUUGCCUCUCUGAGAAUCCAAGGUUGAUGGGAUUGAGGCUUGAAGAUAAGGAAUACUUUAGUGGCAGCUUAAUUGAGACCAAAAUUCUGCGGGAAGAUGGAGUUGGUGUUAUUGCUCUGAAACGAUCCUCUUCCUAUAAUGCUGACAGGACUUGUAAGGCAUCAGACUCGGCAGAUAACGGCGAGUCAAUCUCCGGAAGAUCAAAGUGCAUCCCACUCUCAAUCAAAGGUUCACUAGUCAAACAACCACGAAGUGAUUCUCUGAGAUCCCCUCUCUCUGAUAAACCACGAAAGUCCUCAGACAGAGGCGAUAGCUUCAGAACAACACCGACCAGCACAUCCAACACCAGCAGUAGAAGAAUCACUGAACCCUUAUCAGGGGACAAGCAAUCAAAGAGAUUGGGCUCGUUCAGGGAGGAAGAGAAAGUGAUCAAAAUCGAAGAAAGCUUGCUUCAGGAGCUCGGGUUAUAAUCCAAUCCAAAGCACCAUGCGACACUGAAGUUACGAGCUACUAGAACCCCACAAACUGAAGGUCGAGAGGAUUGAUUCCAUGAGCCAGAUAUAUGAUUUGCUUGCUUCAUAUUUGAAUUUUGAAUGAAAGCCAAUUGCUUGCUUCAUAUUUGAAUUUUGAAUGAAAGCCAAUUUUGGGCGGGUCCUUGUGAUGAUUCUGACCAUCUGGAAAGUUGGAGGGAGUAAAUGAGAGAGAGGUGGAAAGGGAGGAACUAAUUAUUCACUUGGUCAUGAGUAUAGGGGAAAGAGGGCUGGUGAAUCAGAUUCUUUAUGGUCAGCUUUGUCCCUCUGUACCAUUCUCUCCCCUUCUCUAUUUUUUUAACCUUUUGUGCAUCAUCUUAAUUGCACAUCCACUGGUUGCUUGCA